AUGGAGUAUGGGAAGGAGAGAGUGGUGGCUUUAGUAGACAUGGACUGUUUUUACGUGCAGGUGGAGCAGAGACUGAAUCCAGCCCUGAAAAACACUUCCUGUGUGGUAGCCCAGUACAAGACGUGGAAAGGCGGCAGUAUCAUAGCUGUGAGCUACGAGGCCAGGGCCCAUGGUGUCACCAGGAACAUGUGGGUGGAUGAUGCGAAGCAACUGUGCCAAGAUCUUCAGGUGGCACGAGUGCGGGAGUCUCACGGCAAGGCAGACCUGACAUAUUACAGGGAGGCUAGUGUGGAGGUGAUUGAGGUGAUGUCUCGCUUUGCUGUGAUUGAGAGAGCCAGUAUUGAUGAGGCCUACAUGGAUCUAACUGCUGCGGUGCAGCAGAGACUGACGAACAUGGCAGGGAAACAAAUAGAACCUCAUCAGCUGAGAACAACCUACAUCCAGGGUUACCCACAAACUGUUGCAGACCAGGAGGCGUCUGCAGAGGACAUUGUGUUAGAUAAAGAGGAGCAGAGGUCCAGAGGUCUUCAGCAGUGGCUGGCAUCCACAUCUGUCCCCCUGUCAGGAGAGCUUGACUCUGCAGAACUACGGCUUACUAUGGGGGCAAUAAUUGUUGAGGAAAUGAGGGCAGCUGUGGAGGAACACACAGGUUUCCGCUGUUCAGCAGGGAUUUCGCACAACAAAGUAUUAGCUAAACUAGCCUGUGGCCUGAACAAACCCAAUCGACAAACUAUUUUGCCAUUGGACUCUGUGACAGAACUUUUCAACUCUCUGCCAGUUGGUAAAAUCCGUAACCUGGGGGGUAAGCUGGGUGCCUCCAUUACAGAAACUCUGGGAAUAGAGAACAUGGGUGAGCUGACCCGCUUCUCUCAGGCCCAACUGGGACAGCACUUUGGAGAAAAAACAGGUCAGUGGCUUUAUGACUUGUGUCGGGGGAUUGAGUUUGAAGCAGUGAAACCCAGACAGCUUCCCAAGUCAAUCGGCUGCAGUAAAAACUUUCCUGGGAAAACAUCUCUGGCUACAAAAGAGCAGGUACAGUACUGGUUUCAACAGCUGUCCCUGGAGCUGGAGGAGAGGCUAACCAAAGACAGAGAAGUGAACGGUCGAGUGGCUAAAUUGUUGACAGUUGGUGUACGUCAACUGGGGGACAAGAGGCAGAGCAGCUUCUCUCGUUGCUGUGCUUUAGCGCGCUAUGAGGCAUCCAAAAUAGCCAGUGACAGCUUUGCCAUUAUCAAGAGUCUCAACAUGGCAGCAAACCACCAGGCAACAUGGACUCCCCCUCUUUCCCUGCUACAUCUUUCAGCUAGCAAAUUCAGUGAUGCUCCUUCAGCAGGUGGCAUAGCUGGCUUCCUUUCCAGUGAUGUCACUUCAACCCAAAGUCCCACCUCCCAGACACCCACGCAAGUGAAAAAUGAGUCCACAUGCAAACAGCCUGGCAUCAUUCAGUCUUUCUUUAAAAAAGCAGCUGAGAAACAAAGACAGAAGACUACAAAAGGAGAAGAGGAGGAUCAUGAAGAUGCAGAUACCACUGUAUCUGUACCAUCAACCUCCUCUGAUAAAACCUCUGCAACUGAUUGUCAGCUGGAGACAGACACCAGUUGCCACCUUUCUUCCUUCAGUCUUUCUUCUCACUCUAAAAAUGGUUCAGCCAGCCCUAAUACUGGCAUCUCCUCUUUCUUCCACAAGAAGACUGUUGAAAGAAGCUUACAGGCUGCAGCCUCAACCUUGAGCACGCUGGAAACGGGACAAAAGCCUGUGCCUAUCAAUACAGAACAUCCUGAAGACACUGUUGCUGCUGUGUUAGGCCUGCAAGUAAAAGAUAGUGAUGUAAAAGAUAGCGCAGAGUUUUCAUCCCACCAGUUCCCACGUGAAGAGUUAAAGGAUGAAGUGGACAUUGAGGCAGAGAAAAAUCACCAACUUUCCACAGUGGCCAGAGAAGACCUGAUGAACUGUGAUCGCUGUGGUCAGGAGGUGUUAGUCUGGGAAAUGCCUGAACACAAUGAUUAUCACUUUGCCCUGGACCUUCAGAACUCACUCUCUGCAUCCACAGGUUCAGCAGCUGCCCCUUCUUCUUCCACUUCCUCUUCCUCUAGUGUGUCUCUAACUCCUCAUAGAGUAGGAGCGUCGACCCGGGGUAAAACAAAAACCAGAGGCCAGUCAGGACCUCAGUCGAAAAGGCAUCGCUCCCAAGGUGGAAAUGCAAGCGGAAAUGCAGGCACUCUGGAUUCUUUUUUUAAGAGAAACUGAAGAUGAGCUGUAGAGCAGCAUUUUUAAAUCAGUCACAAUUCUGAUAAAUGCAUGUAUAUCAUAAACUUACGGAAAGCCAUACUGUUACAAAAUCUCACUUUGACCUGUGUGAAAUGAUAAAUGAUGAUGAAUGUGCUGUAUUUUAUAUGGAUGUCCAAGAAUUAAAGAAAUAGAUUAUUUAGAUGCUUUAUUUUAUAUAUGUCUUUGAUCAUAAGAGGAAAAGCUAUUUUAAUAUUGUAAGCCAGAGUUGGAAAAGAUACUUUUCACUUUUGUUGCAAUACCUUAACAUGCCACCUGAUGUCACCAAUUAGCUAAAUAUAUGGCAGGAAGUUUUGUUUUCUUAGAAACCCAAGCAUACAGAAAAAGUGUCUGCUGUGAGACAAGAGUGUGUAUUUGAAACAUUGUUGAAUGUAAAUGCCCCCAGGAAGGACAAAUAUAUUAAUACAGCUAUAGGUGAAUGUACUUGUCAGUGUUUGUUUGUGGUAGGCCAUAGCUUAUCUGAGCAACACAGACCACUGGCCCCACUGGUGAUCAGGCCUGCAGAACUGUCUGUUUCAUGUGGGCAUUUGACUAAGUCUC